AUGCAGCAGGCGGAGGAAAGCGAGGGAAUACCGAGCUCCACUGCAGUGCUACGUUCCAAGAAACACGAAUCGAUCCCGUCUAUGGGGGUACGACGUAACAGGGCUGGAGACGGCAAAGUGUUUGGCUCUGCCAGCUCCAAGGAGGUGGGCUGUGAUCGGCAGCUGGCCAGCGGUGCCAGGGAGGAUAACUGCGGCGUCUGUGGCGGCGACGGCUCCACAUGCCGGCUGGUACGAGGACAGGCCCUGCCGCACCUUACGCCCGAACAACCCAUGAAGACCGUGCUGGAGAUGCCGUUAGGAAGCCGCUUUCUCAGACUCAACGCCAAAGGACCUGAUACGAUGGUUAUCGAAGCCGUCUCUCUUCAGGGGAGGAAGAGGGAGACCAGUCUGGUGUCUACGGGCUCCUAUGUGAUCGGAAACACUUCGCUGGACUUCCAAAGAGGGACGGACAGGCAAACGCUGAGGACACAUGGUCCACUCAACGCUGAUUACAUCAUCAAGAUGAAGUACGGAGGCUCCAAGGACACCGUCGUCCAGUUUCUCUACUACCAGCCUAUCAGGUACCAGUGGCGAGAGACUGACUUCUUCCCCUGCUCCGUCACCUGUGGAGGAGGCUACCAGCUGAACUCUGCAGAGUGCACAGACAUCCGAUCCAACCAGACCCUGCCGGAGCAUCACUGCAACAGCUAUCCCGAAAACACCAAACCAACUCCAAAACUCAAGGAGUGCAACAUGGACCCUUGCCCAGAGAGUGAUGGAUUCAAAGAGGUGAUGCCGUACGAUCACUUCCAGCCUCUGCCUCGCUGGGAGCAGGGCCCCUGGACGCAGUGCUCUGUGUCCUGCGGUGAAAAUGGCGGCUGGCAGGAUCGCAGCGUGCUGUGCGUGGAGGAGGACACCCACGGACAGUUCUCCCAGGUGGAGGAGUGGAAGUGCACCCACUCCCCUCGACCAAUCACCAGACAGAUCUGCAACGUCUUCGCCUGCCCGCAGUGGGUGGCCAUGGAGUGGUCUCAGUGCACAGUGACGUGUGGGCGUGGCCUGCGUUACCGGGUGGUUCUGUGCAUCGACCAUCGCGGGCAGCACAUCGGAGGCUGCGAGGCGUCGCUCAAACCUCACGUUAAAGAGGACUGUCUGGUCCCCAUCGCCGCCUGCACAAGCCACGAGAGUCCCUGCCAGUGGAGGCCAAGGUGCCCUGGUUAAAACAAGCCCACGAACUGGAGGAACAGCACACUGCUACAGAGGACCCCACGUUCGUACCCGGGCCCUGGUCCCCCUGCAGCACCACCUGUGGGCCCGGCAAGCAAACUCGGGAGGUAAAGUGUCGGGUGCUGCUCUCAUUCACCAAGACGGAGGUGGACCUUCCAGAGGAGGAGUGUGGCGAAGACAGACCCCAGCUGGAGAGGCCCUGCAUCCAGGGACCGUGUACCAAAGUCCCAAGCAUCUCCGCAGGCCUCCAGGAGCAAGGGGCCCCGAACACACAGACGGGGGAAGUGUACAGCUGGGACUACAGGGGCUUCACCACCUGCUCAGCUACGUGUGCAGCUGGGAAGCAGACAGCAGUCGUGAGGUGUGUUAACAGGAAGCAGGGUGAGGAGGUGGAGGACUCUCAGUGUGAUUCAUCCAGCCGGCCGACAGUAAUGAUCCGCAUUUGUAACCCUGAGCCGUG